AUGGGUGCGACGGUUGAUAUGAAUGUAUUAAAUUUCAUUGUACAGGAAGUAAACGGUCAGCAGCCAGAAUUUGUAAUGGAAGUUACUAAUAAGACCAGAGCCGAUAUUAAGGGUGGUACACUUAUUCAGUAUGAGGGUCGAUUAAUGUUACUGGAAAUCGCUCAAGUGCCGAAAGAUUAUGUUGAUGAAUUUAAAAGCGUAAGCAAAUUCAGGAUAUUUAAUACAAACAAUUUAUGGGUUAAAUUAAAUGCAAUCAAACGAGUGGUCGAACAAAAAGAAUUGGAAAUGGAAGUGAUCGUUAAUCCAAAGCAUCUGGAUCGUGGUGUCGAUGUGAUACAACUAGAAACUGCUGCUGGUGCUGCUAUCAAAAAUUUUAAAGGAGCAUGCGGAAUUAAUGUUUCUCGCUCACGGUUCCUUCCUGUUAAGACGACCUCUGAUCUUUUAUUGCUUAUGUCAAAUUUAUAUGAAAUUGAAAAUGGUAACCUAACAUUAAGUCAUCUUCGUUCCUUCCCAACAACACCACUUGUGAAAUUGGGUAGCUGUUUUGACAAAGUACAAGAAUAUUUGAUGCGUUUCCAGGGCAUCCCUGAUCUGCUCGAAUUGGAUCACUUAACAGUAUCCGGUGACGUAUGGUUUGGCAAGGAUGUUACAUUGAAGGGUACAGUGAUAAUAAUAGCAAACCAUGGUGAUCGUAUAGAUAUUCCACCAGGAACCGUUCUUGAAAACAAAAUUGUUUCCGGCAAUCUUCGGAUUCUGGACCACUGAUAACUUCUCAUAAAAUCUUUUAAGGAAUUACCAUCAUAUGGAUUUUUUUUCUCGAAAUUAAUAAAGAUUGGAACUUUGCUACGUGCUAAAAUUUGUCCAUAUAUUGCAAGAAUCAUUUAUUUGUGCAUAGUUAUUAAAUUUCUUUCGCUUUUCUGUGCUUCUUUUGCUAGGUUUUCUUUUUCUUUUUAAAAUCAUGCGGUUUUUAACUUGUUGAUCGAUUAGUUGAGUUUUUAAGCGUUUGGUUAUGGAGCGUUGAACUUCGAUAAAUAGGAAUCUGCUGAUUUUUUGUUUCAAUCAGAGACUGUGA